AUGAACAACGGGAACGGCUCCGCAGUCAUCUUUCACGACAUCGAAGAACUUUUAAGCACCCGCGUCGAAGAAGAGCAUUCGCAUAUCGCCCUCCAAGGAGACCAAGAUUUCGACGACCCACCCAUCGCAGACACAGCCCUCGAAGAACCCAUCAUCGACGACCCGCCAGUCGAACUACCCCUUCUUCAACUCCGACCACAACCGCAACCACAAUCAUUCCGAUACUCAAACAUUAUCACAUUGAUCCAGAUCAUCGAGUUGAUUGCUUUGAUCGCCGUGGUUUUGUUCCUCCUCUUCGACUAUUUUUCUCCCAAACCCACACCCACUCAAACCAUACCACCACCUCUAACACCAGCCGGAUGGUAA